GCAUAAUCUGUAUAAAAAUUACCGCAGGUUCCGUCCAGAAUUCAGCGUGUAUUCAGCGCGAUUUACUUUCCAAAUAGCGGUCAGCUUUAGUAUCUCCGCUUCAUCGUUCUGCACACCGUCGUCACAUUAUCUCACUUACUUCCUUCAUUACUUGGCGUAAACGUUUUAGUAUACCAUGGGAAUACGUAAGGCCAUAUUUUUCGCUGUUUUGUGUGCGGCCAGUGGACAGCAAGUACAAAACAUGUGGGACAUCCUGAAUUUGACUAAGUCAACGGCGGAGAUUAUAAAUCUUUCAACCAACGCUGUGCCCGGGCCAACGUAUUCUCCGCUGGCGAAAUUACCGGUUACCAUUAAAUUUGACUGUAACGAUUUGACGGGCCCGGGAUUCUAUGCCGACGUCGCUACACACUGUCAGGUUUUCCAUAAGUGUGAUGAGAACGGAACCUUGACCAGUUAUUUGUGCACCAAUAUGACAUUUUUCAGUCCGAUUACACUGGCUUGUGAUUACGUUUCCAAUGUUGAGUGCCAAAAGUUCUCUCAGUAUGUCGGCCUCUCCAGUUCCCGUCUGUAUUCCACCGCAGCGGCCGCAACCAACCUGAUUGCCAUGCCGUCACCGGCACCCAAAGCCCCGGCGCCAUCUCCUGGAAUAGACAAAGCAGCUGCCACAGCGGCAAACACCGGCACGGCGACCGCUGCUGUAUAGGCGACACAAGAAGUGACGACGGAAGCUGCGUCCACUGCCCCGACCGAUCAAGAUACCGCUGCCGCUGGUAGUCGGUGAGGAGGCCAGUGCGGAAACCGCAACGGCCACCCCUGUUGAAUCUUCCGAAUAAUCUCGUUGUUUAGCAGAGUUUUUUAUUUCAUACAACAUGCAAACAGUAAAAAUUGCGAAGAUCAAUAAAUUUUAAACUAUAUUCGCUACAGCCGGGGUGGCUUCGCUGCUAUCGGAAUUCAUUGCUAUUUUUUUUUGUAAGUCAG